GGACCCUUUCCCCCGCUCACACGCCCGGUGUCAUCCGUCUAACAGAACCGUAGAGAAACAAAUCCAGGUCGUGCUUUUAUUUUUAACCGCGUCUUCAUCAGAUACGGCGCGUCUUCCUCGGAAGUUUUUAGGUACCAAACUUGGCGGUUGCUAUGGCUGCGAGUUCAUGCGAGGCUGGUAGAGAGGGAAGUGACGACUGGGGCUGUUGUUGGGACACGUGACUGGAGCUGCACUGAUCUGUUUUGACAAGCAUUGGGGAGGGAAGCGAGGAGGGGAGGCAGACUGUAAGCAUCACGACUAGGAGGACUCACUGUUCCUUUCAUCUGCAUUUCGCCUGAAUAAUAUCAGUAUCGACCCAGACUUGUAGUUGUAGCAGCCAGCUGGCCUGUCAGCGGUGAAAAACAACAAAAAAACAUCAGCUGCUACUCGGUUAACGUCGCCGUGAUACCGACGCGGUCGAGCGGAGUCGUGCUAUUUGUUGUUGGUUUGAAAAGUUUUAAUGAAGAAGGCAGAGGAAGUCAGCACAGGUGGCGUUUCUAGCGUUAAGUAGAUGGCGACGACUGAGACACUGUGGAUGGGUAGAAAGUGGACCACAUCCGGUUAACAUUUCGUGAGAAGAAUGAUACGCUGAAUAUGUUCUCGUCGUAGCAUUAAAAAAAAAGGGCUACCGAGACCGUCCGUCACCGGAAUCAGCGUUUGUAGCUGAGCUGUGGCUACCUGCGCUACAGUGGGGGUUGGGAUGUGUGGGACGUCGUCGUCGCCAGUAGACACUUAACCGACCGCAGAGUCACGAUAAAAGUUAGUUAGUAGUGUUUGCUAUCUAGCUAACACUGCUGAGUUAGCAGCCCCCCCUCGUUGUGGCAGAGUGCCGUUGCGAGGAGUCAACGUUACGGCAGAGGAGACACAGACAUGCAUCGCGACGUAACUAUGGUUCAGGUGGUGGAAUUUGAGACGGGCUAUAAGAGUAGUCCGCUUGCUAGUUAAAUUAUUAGUAGGCAGAUUGGUUACUUGCUAGCAAGCAGGUUGACAGCCACAUUACUUAACGCGAAGUGUUACUGGCAUUCGCUAUCAGCUGUCUUUGUGGACAAUACAGUGCGACUCAAUGGAAGCGUACAGUAGCAUGCUAACAAAGCAAUGCUUUGUUGUUGGAUAGGGGGCAGCUGGCACCAACUCACAGCCUUCACAGCUGAUAUUAUUGCUUAGCUAGUACAGCAGGUCUUAGUCUCAGAGGGUUUUGGGGGGGUCCAGACACACUGUGUGUUUCUGUGUGAUAGAAGGAAAAAAAAAAAACAGAAGACCCUGCAAGAGUCCCCAAAGGCAACCUGAUGACACUGGACAACAUGAAGCCCGAGCGAGAUGCCACCGAGGAGUUUUUCGAGUACGAUGCAGAGGAGUUCCUGGUGUUCCUGACCUUGCUCAUCACCGAGGGAAGGACACCAGAAUAUUCUGUGAAAGGCAGAACCGAGGGGCUGCACUGUCCACCGGCCCAGUCGGCCAUGCCGCCUCUUCACAAGCAUGAAUGCAGCGACAAACUGCCGCAGUGUCGGCAGGCAAGGCGAACCCGUUCAGAGGUGAUCCUGCUUUGGAAGAACAGCAUCCCCAUCAUGAUUGAGGUCAUGCUUCUGCCAGACUGUUGCUAUGGGGAUGAGUGCCCCCCGAGUGACCCCAUCAACGACCCGGUCAUCAAACAAGAUGCUCUACUGCUGGAGAGAUGGACCCUGCAGCCAGUUCCAAGACAAAGCGGCGAUCGCUUCAUUGAGGAGAAGACCCUGCUGUUGGCUGUUCGCUCUUAUGUGUUCUUCUCCCAGCUCAGCGCCUGGCUCAGCGCCUCGCAUGGCAUCGUCCCCAGAAACAUCCUGUACAGGAUCAGUGCUGCUGAUGAGGACUUGGUGUGGCAGUUCUCCCAGCCACCUUCAGAGCACAUUUUCCCCGUCCCUAAUGUAUCCCAGAGUGUUGCACUACAGGUUCGUGUCCAAUCGCUCCCCCGCCAACCCACCUACCCCACCCUUGCCUGCAGCAUCCACACCGGCCUGCCUCCUCUUUACAGUAAGACCCCCAGCCUCAAUCCAAACCUCAACAGCCAUGGUGGCUUGCCCACCCUCAAAAAGAGCCAGGACCCCAGCAAAGACAACCUCCUUCAAAACUCUAACAUGUACAGCAAGAGUUCCAACUCUAUGUCUGGUCUUCUCCUCAAUGGGUUACCCAUUCCCAAUCUUCCCAUCAACAACAUCCCAAUUAAUAGCCUUCCCCACACUGCGGUGCCACCUCCCUACAGCAAGAAGAGCCAGGAGCCUGGUGAAGACCACACGUAUCAGAAUGGAGAGCUUCCACAGGUCAACAUCCCCCAACAUCAGGGCUCCCCUCUGUUCCACAGGUCCUCUCACUCCCCCAAGCCCUCCCGUUCCCACUCCCCCUCCCCGCUUCCCACAAGUAAAGCAGGGAAGUGGCUGUAUUCUGCUCUCAAUGGUUCAUCUGAUCCCACACAAGUAGAGGACUAUGGGUCUGGUACCAACAACAGUGAGAAGUCAAAGGGGCCCAUCCCAGAGCCACUGAGAGCAUUUAAGAAUUUCUCCUUGGCAGAGCCACCCCGCUGCCCCUCCCCGAGGCCCGCUGCAUCUGAGACAAACCCUCUGAUUGGCUCCCUGCUGCAGGAGAGACAGGAAGUUAUCGCCCGCAUCGCACAGAGGCUCAACUUCUGUGACCCCACAGCACCGCCACUGCCUCCCGGCCUUUUUGCUUCUGACAACCCUCCAAAAGCCAUGUGGGGCAGUAACCAUGACGACAUAACUGCCAGUAAGACCAAAGAGCCAGAGGUACCCCCCUAUGAGUCUGUGGGACGUGUGUGGCCCAGCCCCUUCAACACACCUGUGACUGACACUUCUUUCAACAAACGGGAGAGCUCCUCCCCUAAACCCGCAGCCUGCAGGAAGCUGAAAAUGACUGAGACAAGAGACACAGAGGAGGAGAGGAAUGGAGAGAGAGAGAAAGAGAAGGAGAAAGACAAGGAGAGGGGGAGAGACAGCUCGCUGAUUGCCCAGGCAGUACAAGACAUUACUAGACUCAUCCAAGAGAGACUGUCUGUCCCUUCUCUGUCCCCGAGGCACAGCAGGAGCAGCAGCCCUCUGCACCACACGCACACAACAACAGUCACACACACGGUCCGCACAUACUCACACACCACACACGUCCCACAAGCCUCCUCGCACACUGCCACCAACGGUUACACCAACGGCCACAUACCUAGCCAUGAACUUCGCAGAGGCAGCACGCACACCGCCGCCACACACGCGCCUGUUUGCACAGACAAGCCCCGAGUCGAUCCGGGGACCGAACGCCAUUCUCCCCGGGCCCAAAAUGGUGCUCACUUUACACUUGAAGAACCCUUAUUCAAAGGCCAGUCCCGCACCCAGGCUGGUCAGCGUUUACGAAUUCCCCCACAGGAAAAGCUCAGAGUCAGGAUACCCAGCAGCCAUGAAACCCCCUCUGCCUCCCCUGUCCUUGAGAACAGCCCAAGGAAUACCCAGAUCUUUAGUUGGACUUGCAAUGAUGCCAGCCCAGCCAUGAACUGUAACAUAAGCCACAACCACAGCAAGCCUCAGCCUCAGCCUCAAUACCAGUCCCAGAUACAGGUGCAGACCUGUGCGACAGCCCAGGCCUCUUCCCCGCAGGAUGAGAACCAAGCACCCUCGGAGACAGGAUGCUCCAGCAGUCCAGACAAGACUCCCCCUGCUACUGUCCUGCGAGCUCACAGCCCCUCCCCUCUGCGUCCCUGCAACAGCUGGAAGAAACAGAAUCGCCACUCAUUAGACGCCACAGCGACCAAGGCCUUCCACCCCUGUACUGGCCUGCCUCUGCUCUCCAGCCCUGUUCCUCAGAGGAAAAAUCAAACGGGCUACUUUGACCUGGACACCUCUCUGGUUGGCUGUAAGGGUUUGCCUUGGGCCUCUGGGAAAAGGGUGUGUCCAAAGAGAGAGGGGUACACAGAUGAGUCACAGCAGCUGUUCAGUGCCAGCGCUCCACCUGCCAGUCUCAGUCUGCUGGGGAACUUUGAGGAGUGUGUGCUGAACUACCGUCUGGAGCCUUUGGGGUUAGUAGAGGGUUUCACAGCAGAGGUCGGAGCCAGCGGUUCCUUCUGCCCCAGUCACCUGACCUUACCUGUGGAAGUGUCGUUCUAUAGUGUCUCCGAUGACAACGCUCCUUCACCAUAUAUGGGUGUCAUAAACCUGGAGUCCCUGGGGAAAAGGGGCUACCGUGUACCUCCAUCAGGAACCAUUCAAGUGACCUUAUUCAACCCCAACAAGACAGUCGUCAAGAUGUUUGUUGUGAUGUACGACCUACGAGCUAUGCCAGCUGGACACCAGACCUUCCUACGGCAGAGGACUUUCUCUGUUCCUGUCCGCCGUGACAUAAACAAUCAGACCAGCAGGAAGGCCCACACCCAUGGACGCACCUUGCGCUACCUCGUUCAUCUGAGGUUCCAGAGUUCUAAGUCUGGGAAGAUCUACCUCCAUAGGGACAUCCGUCUACUGUUUUCCAGGAAGUCCAUGGAGGUGGACAGCGGUGCUGCUUACGAGCUCCAGUCCUUCACAGAGUUGCCCAUUGACCCACCAUUCUCUCCCCGCUGCUGAGGCCUGACCCCCUCCCUCCUCCGCCCGGCAGGCCACUACCGAAGCUUCAGUCACACAUCGAUGCCAGCGAUAGACUCUUACUCAGCCCAUGGCUAGUUGAAAAGGCUCUAAAAGAGAUGCUAUUUAAGGACGGCACUCAACAAGACCCACCUGGCCUGUGCCCAAAAUCUUAUGUUUCAGCCCCUCUGUCAUCCAGAACUGACAAAGGGGGGCAGCUAAGAGGCUGGGAGACUGGCCAGAAAUAAAAUCUUGUCUGUUAAGUGCACGACUUUGGGUCAAAGGUUACGGUUAACGGUUACAGUUAAAGAGUAUGUUUCAGAUCCCAUUCUCCUGGUUAAGAAGGCCUUACCAGAUAUGAUAGGUAACUCUUUUUCCUGCUGUUGUGUGUAUCCCCUCCAGUGACUGGCAGGAGAGUAGAGACCAGUGAUUGUCUACAGAAGCAGUUAGACACUUCAAUUAUUUCAGCAGAGUUUAGGCUACUUAACUCUGUUUCCACAAAUCACAAUGUUAAUUGGACCUCAUAAUUAAUAAGUGUUCAAUCUCAAUUAGUUUCAUUAUAAAUUCAAUAAAAGGCCCUUUUACUGGUUAAACAUUUUAUUUUAUUAUUUAUCCUUGAAGAUUAUACUGAUUGAACACAGCUUGUGACCCAGUGAUUCCGGAGCUCGGAGCAGAGGGAGUGCGUACGGAAGAGGAAGCGGGUGGCAGACUGUGGUGCAAUGCCAUCCCUACGUCUGAAAGAAACCAACCAACACACACCAUGGACCACUAAAGAAGUCGAACAAGCAAUCAAGCUAGAUUCAACUGAAAGCAUCACAGCAGAACAUCAGAAAUGCACUGUGGAUUUUCUUUCUCAUUAUAACUGGAAAUGAAACAGAAAAUAGUAAUAUUCUAAUACUUUUGUACUGUUACAGAACCACUUUAUUGGAAGUGUUGCAAUAGGAAGAGUAACCUUAGUUUAGUGUUUACACAUUCACUUUUCAGUUUACUUAACCAUCAGUUUAUUUAAUAUUUAAAUUAAUAUUUCAGUUACUACUUGUGACGUCUGUCAUGCUAAGAUGAUGUAGUGCAAACUGUAUAUCAUAGUAUGUAUUUUUGACAUUAAUAUUCAAAUCUGAAAAAAUAUAUCUAUAUAUCUUCUAAAGCAAUCUUGAAAGCU